AUGCUUACGGAGGAUGAGAAGAAUCUGGGAGAGGCCCUACGCCGCAUGCCAGAGCGACAUGGCUACCGAUGGGGUUCUGGCGCUGUUCGAGACUUGACGGCACUUCUCUUCCGCUCGAUGGUCGGCUACGAUGCGGAUCGACUACGCAUCCUUUUUCCGAGCGGUGAACCAGUCGACCGGUGGGUUCUGGCCGAAGCACAGGGUGCACAGGAGGGCGCAGAAUACAGCGAUGCGGCGAGGGGGAAACGCUGUGGCCAUAUCUUCCGUGCGGGCGAGGCGACAUACCGGUGUGUCACCUGUGCGGCCGACGAUACCUGCGUGCUCUGCAGUCGGUGUUUCGAUUCGUCUGAUCACACAGGCCAUCAGUACCAGAUCUCUCUCUCUUCGGGGAAUUCGGGCUGCUGUGACUGCGGAGACGAGGAGGCGUGGAAGCUUCCAUUGUUCUGUGCCAUCCAUACAGAUAACGAUACCAGGAAGGGUAAAGAUCGUGCGCAGGCCAGCGUCCCCCAGGAUUGGGAAAAUGCCAUUCGGCUGACCAUCUCUCGGGUGCUGGAUUUUUUCUGCGAUGUGAUUUCGUGCUCGCCGGAGCAGCUCCGGUUGACCAAGACGGAGGAAGGCAUCCGUCACGAUGAAGAGCUGUCCCGGUUACGCGCGGGAUGGUACGGUGAAGGAGACCAGGCCGAAGAUGAGCCCGAGUUCGCUUUGGCUCUGUGGAACGAUGAGAAGCACACGAUCCGUGAUGUCGCGCAGCAGGUCACUCGCGCUUGUCGGGAGCGAGACAGCUUCGGGAUGGAAAAGGCCCAUGAAACGAACGAUAUCGGACGCAGCGUGGUUCGGUAUUCGAAGGAUCUCACCAGGCUUCUUGCGAUCUCAAAAGUCAUUGAGCAGAUCAAGGUUACUGUCACCGUCAGAUCCUCCCGAGAUACCUUCCGAGAGCAGAUGUGUGCCACCAUUGUGGAAUGGCUGGCCGAUAUCUCGGGCUGCAGUAUCCUCGACGAUAACGAGAUCUUGCGUCGCAUAGUCUGCGAAGAACUUUUGUCUCCCUGGCGCCGAGGCAGUGGUGCGUACAACGCAGAUAUCGGUUUAAAGGGCAUUGAUGACCACUCUAAAAGCGAGCCCUCGCCCUUCCGCACCGUCAUGGUCACUUUCACACCGCAGGGACAGGUAGAGCUAGAUGAGGAUGACGAGGAUGAUGGGGAACAGGCUCCAAAUGAAGAGGAAGAGGAUGAAGAAGAGGAUGAAGAGGACGGAGAAGAGGAAGAGGCCGCCGAUGAAGACGAAGAUCCUGAACCAGAAUAUGGCACUCCCAUUGACGACUAUGAGGGCAUGGACGAUCCAGAGGAGGAGAUGGAGAUCGAUCCAUACGGUUAUGGCAGAAGAACUGAGGAACAAGAAGAAGAAGAAGAAGGAGACGACGAAGACACGGAGAUGGAUAAUGCCGAUGAAGAACUUGAUGCCGAGGCCACUCUGAAUGAGUUACUGGCGCCGGAGGCCACCUCUGAAACCGAUGAACAACAAGAUCAACGGCCAGCUCAGGAGCAACCUAGCUCUAAUGAGUCCGAAUCCAGUGACAAUAACGCCACUAUCUCGAUUCCCAGAACACCCUCGGGAGUGACCCAUCCUUCACCCGCGAAGACUCCGAGUCAUUGGCAAGUAAGAUCCAAGACUCAAACUUCUGGCCGGCACGUUCCUCCCUACGAAGACCUCAACCAGCGUACCAGGCUGGACUGGAUGAUCCUCUUUGACCUGCGGUUGUGGAAAAAGACUCGCCAGGACCUCCGCGACCUAUAUAUUAGCACCGUGGUGAAUGUGCCGGAAUUUAAACGUAUAAUGGGCCUUCGCUUGUCGGCCUUGUAUACAGCCCUGGCCCAGUUGUAUUUGAUCGCCGACCGAGAGCCAGACCAUUCCAUCGUCAACCUUUCCUUGCAGCUUCUCACCACCCCGUCUAUCACCGAGGAGAUUGUUUCGCGUGGAAAUUUCCUCACAAAGGUGAUGGCAAUCCUCUACACCUUUUUAACAACGAGGCAAGUCGGGGAGCCCUAUGGAGUCAAUCCAAAUGCCACCCUGGCCUUUGAUUCGGGGUCGGUGACAAACAGACGCCUGUAUCACUUCUUCCUUGAUUUACGAUUCCUAUUGCAGUCGGAAUAUGUACAGAAUCGCGUCCGAACUGAGCCGCAGUAUCUGCCUCAGUUCUUGGACCUGGUCAAGCUUUCGCAAGGGAUUUGUCCGAAUCUUCGUGCAGUCGGAGAACAUGUGGAAUACGAGACAGACGCGUGGAUCAGCGCCUCCAUCCUCAUGCGCGAGAUUAACAGGCUGUGUCGCCAGUUCUGUGAAGCCUUUCGCAACCCGGAGAUUGAUAAUGGAGAACAUCUUGUGAGAGCAAUCAAAACCGCUGCCGUCUCCGCGAUCUUUCACUCCUCUGGAAAGGAACGCACACGAUUCGACCAGGCGGAGAUCAAGGAGUAUGUGCGAUUCAAGUUGCUGCCUUGCUUUGACUUUGAAGUUAGUCAUUCGGGUCAAAUCCCCCGCCACCGCGUCGUUGAAUUCGUGGUGGAGCGAGGCAUGAUCAGUUUCCAUCAUGCGCUGCACUACGCGCUCUCAUGGCUACUUGAAUGCGGUCGUAAAAUCAACAGUGUCAUGAUGCGUGGAAUUUUGUUGCAUGCUGCACAGACCGCCAAUGAUGAACAUAUUCACGACCCAUCAUUAAGCCCCGAAGACCUGCUUCUCACCAUGUUCGACUAUCCGCUCCGGGUCUGUGCCUGGCUUGCUCAGAUGAAGGCCGGCAUGUGGGUUCGAAAUGGUUUAAGCCUUAGGCACCAGAUGUCCCAGUACCGCGGGGUAUCGUCUCGAGACUUUGCAUACUACCGCGACAUCUUUCUCCUGCAGACUGCUCUGGUGACGUGUGACCCCAGCAGGGUGCUGGCCUCUAUUGCUGAUAGAUUCGGCAUGGUGGAUUGGAUGAGCAGGCAAUACAUCCCACGUGUUGGCUAUGAAGAUUCCCAGAUCGUGGAUGUUGCCGAGGAAUUCGUCCAUCUCCUCGUAAUUCUCCUCACUGACCGAACUUCCCUCACAGCUAUUGAAGAUAGCAUCAGCCUGACUCGCGAAAACAUCAGCAGGGACAUUGCUCACGUUCUCUGUUUCCGACCCCUUUCUUUCUCUGAUCUUUCGACCCGGCUGAGUGAUAAACUGCUCGACUCUGACAUGUUCCAAGACGUGCUAGAGGAAGUGGCCAAUUUCCGUCCGCCCGAGGGCCUGAACGAUACCGGCACCUUUGAUCUCAAGCCCGAUUACAUCGAUAUGGUAGAUCCAUACAGCGCGCACUAUACGAAAAACCAACGAGAUGAGGCAGAAAACGUCUAUAAAGAAUGGAUGGCCAAGAAGACCGGGAAGAAAGCCUCGGACAUUGUCUUCGAACCUAAGCUACGUCCCAUCACUGUUGGGGCGUUUUCUGAUCUUUCUCGGUUCACAAGAACGUUGAUAUUUGCUCAAAUCGUCCACCAUUGUCUGGAUUAUACUGUGUGUUCGAAAAACCAGACUCCUAACAUUCCGUCCACCCGGAUCGAGACCUUCUUGCAAAUCGUCCUGCACCUGAUACUCGCCGCUACUUUGGAGGAUAAGUCCGUCGAAAAUGAGAUGACGGACAUGACCAGGCAGUCGUUCGUGUACCAUGCUCUGACGAAAUCACGAAUGACGCAGGCAGGUAACUUGACUAUCAUCGGCCUGCUGGAGAAGAUCUCCGUCAUGGGCGAAUUCUCCUCGUGCGGUCCAAAGAUCCGGCAUGUCCUGAGACGUAUGUGGCAGAAGCAACCCCAGGCAUAUACCUCUGCCACAGCUUCUCUCAAGUUUCCCUUCGAUCGGAUCGACACGAGCUCUCCAGCGAUCGAUAUCGAUGGUGAAAGGGAGCUGAAGAAGAAACAGGCGCUUGAAAGACAGGCUCGAGUAAUGGCGCAAUUCCAGCAGCAGCAACAGAAUUUCCUGAACACACAGGGCGCCAUUGACUGGGGGGAAGAUGAUUUCAGCGAUCUCGAGUCAGAAGCCGAGACUGCUCGCGAGACCAAGGUCUGGAAGUAUCCCAGUGGGACUUGCAUUCUCUGCCAGGAAGAAACGAAUGACUCUCGGCUCUAUGGCACUUUCGCGUUGAUCCAAGACAGUAGCAUUUUGCGACAAACGGACAUCCGAGAUCCCGAUUGGAUCCGGGAAGUUCUAAAGACGCCGAGCAGCUUGGACAAGUCUGCAGACCAUAUACGUCCGUUUGGUGUUGCGGGCGAAAAUCACAGCACGGUACGCCGGCUCGAUUCCACCGGUGGAGAGGUCAUCAGUGAAAAAAUCGGUCUCAGCAAAGGCUUCAAUGCUAGAAACACUCUUCGUGGCCCUGUAACAACAGGGUGUGGACAUAUUAUGCACUACUCUUGCUUCGAGGUCUACAACGUCGCGACCCAGAGGCGGCAUAGUCAGCAGAUUGCCCGCCAUCACCCUGAACGUUUGUCUCUGAAGGAGUUCGUUUGCCCCCUUUGCAAAGCUCUCGGAAAUGCGUUCCUACCCAUCACCUGGAAGGGGAAAGAAGAGUCGUACCCUGGCGUUCUCAAUGCUUCAGGCACGUUCGAUAGUUUCAUCGCAGAAGAUGUGCCUGCUCUUCUCACCCAAGAAGACCACAACGCAAUUAUCUUGGAAGGGGAAAAGUUACACUUGCAGCCGUACCAGGAUAUCUGCGUCGACUACCUAUCCCGCACGUUGGUUCCUCCCUUGGCGAACGAAAUUAAGCAGCUUCUGACAACCCCGUUUCCCUCAACGUCUCAUUACAUUCCUACCGCGAGGAUUCAGAUGCCAGGGGUCUUCCCAACCGGAGAGGAGAUGGUGGCAAGCAGCCCACACCAGCCAGCCGUGAGCGCUGAUGAUAGUCCCAUGGAUGAACUAUUACAGAUCUACAACCGCCUAAAGAAGACCUUAAGGUUGAAUCACAUCUACUCGACAUUCAACCACUCUCCAGAAACCAUCAGCAAUGAUGAACUCCUUCACACAGACUCCGUGAUCCGCAGUUUCGGGUUCAGCAUCACUGCUGUUGAGAUUUCUCAGCGCGGCGUGGAAUCCAGUCCGGGCUCGACCCUGCUUGACAAGAUCCCACAGCUCACGCUGACUCACUUGCGCGUGCUGGCUGAAAGUGCACUGACGUAUGCUGCGGUUGGAUAUCUCCACAACAUCCACGGGCUCAAGAGCGGCCGUUCUGCGCACGAGUGCCAGGAGAUGCAUCGCCAGAAGAUCUGCCAGCUCUUCGUCGGCCAUCCGUGCCUCCACGGAAAACCACUGCUGGAAGAUGUCCGAAACAUCGAGCCCUUGCUCGCAAUGGAUACGUUUGUAUUCCUCGCGGAGUGUUCGCUAUCACUCCUGCCAUUCCUGAAGCUCGAUGUCCGUCACCUGGUCCAGAUGUGCUACAUCGCGGAAAUCGUCAAGGUUGCCGUUACCUUUAUCCUGUGGCCCCUGGGCCUGAAAGGGGAAUUGGCGCAACACGGAGACGCUCAUUACCUGAUGGACGUUGAAUUGUCUGAUGACCGCUAUGCCAUCACCAAGCAUUUCUUUGAUUCUAUAGUUGGAGAACUCAAGGCAAACUCCGUGGGUCGUGCCGAAGGGUCCUCAUUCCCCGCAGAAAGUGGGUAUGUAAAAGAUGGCGAAGAAUCCGCAACCCCAGGCGUUAUCAUCGCCUUACGGCGCCUACUUUCCAGCUACGCAUUGACGUUCCUGCGGAAGACCGUUAUUCUCCUCCACGUGCAGCACGGCGUAGAGUUUCCAGACACCGGAUUCGCAAACAUCGGGGCGUCCGAGCUGGACCGUCUGAGCAAGGUUCUCAACCUGCCGUCGCUUGACGAAAUCCUUGCAUCGGUCAACUCGGCGCGCAGGAGCAACAAUGUGUUUGACUCGGUGAUCUCGGGUUGGAUUUUCCACUGGAACGCCACGCGGUCUGGUAUCCGCUUUGACGACCAUCGGCUGUGGCCCAGCCUUCCUCAUCCGGCCAUCCUGGAACUCGUUGGGUUACCCCGUUACUAUGACAGCCUGAUCGAGGAGGCGAAUCGGCGGCGCUGUCCCAACUCGAAGAAGGAAUUGAGUGACCCGAGCAUAUGCCUUUUCUGCGGCGACAUCUUCUGCUCACAGGCGGUCUGCUGCACGGACCAGAAGCUGGGUGGCUGCAACCAGCAUCUUCAAAAGUGUGGUAAAACGGUGGGACUCUUCAUCAACAUCCGGAAAUGCACAGUCCUGUAUCUCCACGACCACAACGGCUCCUGGCACUACGCACCCUAUCUCGAUCGCCACGGCGAGGUAGACCCGGGCCUGCGCCGGAACCGCCAGCUGAUUCUGAACCAGAAACGAUACGACAGACUCCUCCGCGAUGUCUGGCUGUCGCACAGCAUCCCCGCGACGAUCAGUCGUAAACUCGAAGCGGAUAUCAACAAUGGAGGAUGGGAAACCAUCUGA